AUAACCCCCCAGCUGCCGCCGCCGCAUCCCCGCUUCGCUUUCCCUUUCCUUUCCCCCCGCCCGCUCUGUCGCCAGCUUUGCGGGAAACGAGACGCCAGCAGACAAACCCCUCCCUCCGCCUCGCUCCCCCACCUCCCCUCCCUCCCUCCCCAAAACCCUAACCCAUCCUCCCCCCGAUGGCGUCGCCGCCGUCACCGCCCGCCGGACCCGCAGCGCCCGGAUCGCCGCCGCCGGCGCAAGUGGUGGGCAACGCGUUUGUGAACCAGUACUACAACAUCCUGCACCAAUCGCCGGAGCUCGUCCACCGCUUCUACCAGGACGCCAGCCGCCUCGGCCGGCCCGCCGGCGCCGGUGCCGACGGCAUGGACACCGUCACCACCAUGGACGCGAUUAGCGACAAGAUCGUGUCCAUGGGCAUCACGCGAGCGGAGAUCAGGGCGGUGGACGCACAGGAGUCGCUCUGCGGCGGCGUCACCGUGCUCGUCAUGGGCCACCUCACGGGGAGGACCGGCGUCGGCCGCGAGUUCGUGCAGUCCUUCUUCCUCGCGCCGCAGGAGAAGGGCUACUUCGUGCUCAACGACAUACUGCGCUACGUCGGGGAUGGGGAGGGGGAGGAUGGGGCCGGGCACCCACCGCCGCCGCCGCAGCCGGCGCCGGAGGCCGUUGCGGACGCGGAGGCCGCCCCUGCAGCGGUCCUGGCCAACGGCACUGUCGGAGGAGACAAUGAGACCGUGCCUCGCGAACAGGAUGCUUCACCGCAGCCUGAGCAGCAUGCAGCUGAGCCCGCACCUCCUACUCAGGAGGAGGAAGAUCUCAACGGGGAGGAGGUUUACAACCCGCCGAAUGAUGUGGAGAAGCCUGUUGUUAAGGAAAUAACGGUUGCCGAGGUCAUAAAUGAAGUGCCGAAUGAUGUAGCAGUGGCUGCACCAAGUUCAUCUCCCCCUGUACCGAUCGAGGAGGCCCCAAAGAAGUCAUAUGCUUCGAUUGUAAAAGUCAUGAAAGAAUAUCGACCACCAGCUCCUGCAGUUCCUUCCAGGCCUGCACCCCCAAAACCAGAGAAACAAGCCCCUCCUGCACCUGCUCUGGUUGCUGAUGCUCCAGCUUUCAGUCCUAACACUCAGGGUGGCAGCUUUCAAGAUCCAGAAGUUGAUGCACAUGCCAUAUAUGUGCGGAAUCUGCCCUUAAAUGCCACACCACAACAAUUAGAAGAAGAGUUCAAGCGAUUUGGCACCAUUAAGUACGAAGGCAUCCAAGUUAGAAGCAACAAGAUCCAAGGGUUUUGUUAUGGCUUUGUAGAAUUUGAGGAUGCAAGCGCAGUCCAAACUGCAAUAGAGGCUUCUCCUGUUAUGAUUGGUGAACGGCAAUGUUAUGUUGAAGAGAAAAGAACUACUGGUUCUCGAGGCAGUAACAGAGGUGGAAGGUUUGCACCAGGAAGAGGUGGUAACUUCCGAGGCGAAGGCCUUAGAGGCCGUGGUACUUACAAUGGAGGCAGAGGCUACGGGAGGGGUGAGUUCAAUUAUCGAUCCGAUUAUGGCGGCCGAGGUGGUGGCAGGGGUGGCUCAUCACGCGGAGAAGUUGGCUAUCAGCGGGUUGACCACUCUGGUACAGCUGGUGGUCGAGGCACCCGGCCGGCAUCUGCCACUACUGCGGCUGCGAACAGGAGUGAAGCGUGCUUACAAAUGAGUUCAGCAUGGCAACAUCAACAUCAACCAACACUCCUGCCACAUCAGUCACUGCAGAAGAUGGAGGGGGGAUUAGCAGAACUGAUUAUGUAAUUUCUCAAAAUACUGCAUGAAAGAAUACACAUGACAGGAUAGUAUUAUCAUAUUACUGCAAACAGAAAUGAGGCCGCCGCAGGGCGACAGGUUGCAUGAGCAGAGAACAAGCAAAGUAUCAUCCAGAUGCAGGGAAGGUAGUAAAGGAAAGUGGCUUGCUCAUUUGUUAAUACAAGGUUCUUUCCAAGAAGCCAAAAGAUGCAGCAGCCUUAAAGAAGUUGAAGAAAGCAUUACCUUCAGUCUUUGCUCAGUUUUCUCUUUUAUGAUGCAAAUUUUUAUGCUUAGGAUUUUUCAUAAGCACAAAAAAUAGGAAACAGACACAUAUGCAUUUCUGGAGUACAA